AUGGCGACCACCACCGUCUUCCAAAACGGUCGUUUCUUCACGGCAUUGGGCGGCCCCAAGCAGCCGGAGAAGCCAUCUUUCGCCGAGUGCAUGAUCACGCAUGGCGACAAGAUCUCCUUCGUCGGGCCAGUCUCCAGCGCGGCAGUGCAGGACGCUCUGGCCGCGGGCGCCAGCACGCGCGACGUCGGAGGCCGGGUGGUGGUGCCGGGCUUCGUGGACGGACACAUGCACCUGAUGCUGAUGGGCCAGGCGCUGACGGCCGUGGCGCUCGACGGCUGCAAGAGCCUCGACGACAUCCGGGCAGCGAUUCGCGCGUGGGCGGCGGCCAACCCGGCGGCGUCGCUCAUCUUCUGCUGCGGCUGGAUGCACUCGAUGACGGGCGCGGCGCCGCCCACGGCCGCGCUGCUGGAUGACCUCGACCCGCGGCCCAUCUUCAUCAACGCGAAGGACCUGCACUCGUCGUGGUGCAACAGCGCAGCCCUCGCCGCCAUGGCCAUCGACGAGCAUACGCCCGAGGUUCCCGGCGGCACGAUUUCCAGGGACGAGCGGGGCAAGCCGACGGGCUUGCUGAGCGAGGCGGCCAACAUCAACCUGGUGUGGCCGUACGUGGCGCGCGUGGCGACAGUCGACGAGCGCGUGGAACGGCUGGAGGCUGCGUUCACGGCGUACAGCGCGGCGGGCUACACGGGCUUGGUGGAGAUGGCCAUGGACGAGACGGCGUGGGGAGCGCUGCAAGAGCUGAUGCAUCGACGACGCGCGAACGGCCUGCCCCCGCCUCCCGUCCGCGUAGCCGCACACUGGUUGAUCAGCCCAAAGGACACCGAGGCCGAAAACGUCGCGCAGGUCGACCGGGCGGCCGAACUGCACGCGCAGUUCAACCUCGAGACCUCGCCCUCCUUCCGCAUCGCCGGCAUCAAAGUCAUCUGCGACGGCGUCAUCGACGCCUGCACCGCCGCCCUCUCCGAGCCCUACUCCAACAACGUCGACUGCCCCCCCAUCUGGUCCCCCGCCCAGCUCCAGCCCGUCGUCGACCGCGCCGCCUCGCACGGCCUGCAAGUCGCGCUCCACGCCAUCGGCGACGCGGCCAUCACCCUGGCCAUCGACGCCCUGGAAUCCGCCUCGACUUCUUCCUCCUCUUCCCCUUCCCCUUCCGCUUCCCCCCCACCCCCCCUCCGCCGCCCCCGCAUCGAACACCUCGAGCUCGCCUCCGCCCGCGACGCCGCCCGCCUCGGCGCCCUCGGCAUCACCGCCUCCAUCCAGCCCGGCCACGCCGACCCGGCCAUCCUGCGCGCCUGGCCGCGCCUCCUCGGGCCGCCGCCGUCGCCGCCGCCGCCGCCGUCGCCAUCUCACCACCACGGCGGGAAAGAGGGGGAGGAGGGGAAGGACCGCUGCGGCCGCGCCUUCGCCUACGCCGACUUCCUCCGCCACGGCGCGGCGCUCGCGCUCGGCAGCGACGCGCCGACGGCGCCGCACGCCGUGUGGGGCGGGUGGUACACGGCGACGACGCGGCGCAGCGCGCGCGAGCGAGACUAUGGGAUCGUCGUCAACGAAGAAUUCAAGCUGGGGCUGGCGACGGUGGCGGCGGCGCAGACGGCGGGCGCGGCGUGGAGCUGCUUCGCGGACGGCGUGUGCGGCAGGUUGGAGGUUGGGCUGAGCGCGGAUUUCGUGGUGGUGGACGGGCUGGAGGGGUGGAGGCCGGAGGAGGUGGCGGACGCGAGGGUGAGGGAGACGUGGUUUGAGGGGGGGUUGGUGUUUGAUGCUGCUGCUGUCUCUGCUGCUGGAAAGGGGGCGUAG